CUUGAAUGUCGCGGGUGACCUGCGCGUCGCUAAAAUCAAUGAGCGCGACCGGCACGGAGAAUAUCAACGGCGCUGCACCACCGUCGCCGACGCCACCGUCGGGCCGCGUCGUCGCCGUGAAUAUCGUCGGUGCCGCUCGCGCCGUGUCCGGCCUGUUCCGCCGCAGUCUGUCCGACGUUCUUCACAGCGAGUCUCGACGCUGCCGUGAUCUCCGUGACGAUCAUGUGAGUGCGUGCGACGAGAUGCCGGGUCGCGAGGAUAUGGAUCUCUGCACCGACAAGGUCCUCUCCAAGGCCAGGAUCCUGCAGGAGCUUACGAAGGCGGUGAAGCUGGUUUAUGCCCAAAGUCUGUAUGGCACUGUGGUCUUGGAUGGUGACUCCUGGUUGGUUUACUGGUUGGACCGAGCGCUGCGUCAUGGAUUGCGUGUAGAAAGACAUGGAUAUUGGGGCACUGCUAGAGAACUUAGCCACCAAGAUACUGUCGUGGUCAUUCAUGCAUUGCAGAGUGUAUUGACAUCUAUUGGAAAAGGUCGAGCAUGGCUCUAUCACACUCUGAGCGAGGGCAGCUUUGAGAGCUAUCUGGCCUGUUUACUGCGAGACACCAAGACAUUAAAAAAGCAGUACUUUCCACACGCGCUUGUAAGAGAUGCCGAUAAGACUAAUCAAUUGGUCAAUCUUCUUGCCGGUUUGGAAAACGUGUCCUUCACAUUGCAAUUGGAUGUGACGUAUUUGGACAUCUGCAAUUACAUGCCACAGAGGCCUAUGAGCGUAAAUCCAUCAGGAACAGUCUUAUCGUUGCAUCUAAGAUCUUCUAGUGUUUCAUCGAGCCUAGCUUCUCCGGGGGACAGUGGUGUUGCGUUCGACAGCGAUAUGGACCUUGCGAAUGAGACCGACGGUAGCAGUUACAAAGAGGAGGAUUUUUCAAUGGACGAUAUUCCGAAGUACCGAAAUAAUAGGUACAAGACCAUUAUCAACAACUGCAUGGAAGACAAUAAGAAUUUCGGAUCCAGCGAUUCCAGCGAAGACGGCAAGACGCCAACUCAAUCACCGGCAAUCACCAAAUUUCAAACCGUCAUGAUGACAAAGACCGACAUAGUUAAUCAGAACGUAACUCGAAAACUCGAUGAUAACGAGAUGAAUUGCUCCAGCUUGGAGACUAUUAAAGGCUACGACUUCUACAGUAAAAGCCUCGAUGAAACAAAGUUGGAGAAAAUAGGCAAGAUCGACAACGGCACCAAGGAUCUCAGCAAGAGGAGCGCUUACUACAGCGAUAGCGCUUAUAGCUUUAAGAAGAACAUAGAUCCUCGUAAUUCUUAUCUGAUCAAUAAUGAUACAAAUUUGUUGGAGCUGAGCAUGACUAUUUCCGAUUGCGAUAAUAUGGAUACUCCCUACGGCAUUUUGAACACCAUCAACAUGACCGACGCCAGCAUUCUGUCUUCCUCCAGCUCGGAGGCUAUAGUACAACGCAGGCAGCGUAAGAAGAAGCGCGGUGAAAGUAAGAAGCGGGUCAGCUUCCACGAAGACAUACUAAAGACAAUGAAGCUGGAGGAUGAUGAGAGCUAUGCCGAUUUCUCCAUGAGUUUCUUGUCUCCCAAUUCCGUUCUGAAGAGGGACGCGCAGAAAGGCAGGUAUAGUUGGUGCGCGCACGGUGAUUCGCCGUACACCCAGAAGAACGCGAACGCGGGGAGGAAUGUACACUCGGACUGUUACUCCUUCUCGUCGUCGUCUAGCACGUUCGACAGCGACACUGACAAGCAAACACCGUCAAAGUUCUGCAUUGAAGUGCCGUGUCAGCGCAAUUGCAGAUGCAACUGUGGUUUAUCUUUGUCGGAGCGUGGAGCACCAGAGGGUCAAGAGGAUCCGGGCAAGAGCUUGAGGCCCAAGAUGGAAAUAGAGUUGGAAGAGAACGAGGCUCAGGAAGCCUAUAUUGUCGAGAAAGCGUGCGGCAACAUUGUCGAGGAUCCACCGAUCAAGGUAGAGAUGCCGCAAACUGGGAACCCGAAAAAGUAUGCUAACUCGAGCGACUGGUCAGAUGUAGACAGCGUGGCAACGUCUGACCUGGAUGAACGUAAAAGUAACAGACAUCUAGCCUCGCCGCUGAAAAAGCGCAAUAUGACGGCGAUAUUGACCGGCGAGAGCAGUAGCAAGCUCCUGGCGCCGCCUCUGCGUCAGGCACCGUCGAAGACGUCAUUGUUGAGCAGAUUUUUGAAGUCGAUCACGGAGAGGAAGUUCGAGAUCAAGAAGAACAAGAAACCGCCAAAGGCGAACACUCUGUACAUCAAAGGAGUCAAGACGAGCUAUGAUUCCUUCAAGGACUUCAACGACAAUCUCGACAAGGAGAUUCAGGAGAACGUGGCUGCUGAGAAGCAGGAGUUCAGCGGCGAGAAAAUCAGCCUAAAAUUGCGCGAACUUUUCAAGAGACAUAUAUACCGCGACAAAACGGAGGAGCUGUAUAAAGUAUACAAAGUCAGGAGCUCCUAUAUGACGAACGGCGAGAGCAAACCGAUGAUCGCGUUGUUGACGGACAAGACGUUAUACUUAACCGGUUCUAAGAUGGAUCAUUCUUAUAGCAACCAGUUCGUUAUUCCUUACAAUGAAUUAGACGUCAUAAUGAUCGGACCGAAUGCACAAAAUAUUUUAAUAUCCAACGCCGAUUGCGAAAUGCAAUAUCUGUUCUCCACCGGCAGUUCGCAAACUACCUCAGAGUUAAUUGGUCACUUGGAGAUGGCCAUGAGACGGUCGCCGUCAAAACCGAAGCUUCCUGCUGUCAAAGAACUGAAUUACGAGGAUAUGCACAUUCUGAGGAAUUCGAUUCUUUCCGACACGGCAGUGCAUCCGGAUGAAAAAAUCGAACAUUAUAGUCUUAUUUAUAUGGAAGACGAACACAUGUCGCCGCCCAGCACACCGUGCGGCCCCACAAAAGAGGGUGAUCUGAUGUUCCGGCCACACACUUACCAACAUUUAUAUCCGAACGCACCGACAAAUCCCUGGGAGGCCGGCUACUUUGUUCUGAAGGGCGGCGUGGUUUACAUGUUCACAGACUCGAAUCAGCGGCUUCCUAAGCGUGCUAUACCCUUGAAAGGAGGUCUGUGCCAAGGAUGCAGAAGAAUCCCGAAUUCUCAUCGGCCACAUACCUUCGAGAUACUGUUGAAGCCCAACAAGUCGUACCAGUUCGCUGCUCCGGACGAAUAUGUAGCUUCCGAAUGGCUGCAAAGCUUUGUUCAAAGCGCAUCGGGUCUAUUCGAUAGUUCGGAAAAGCGAGAGCCGUUGCCUUGCAGCCUGAUUACGACCACGGAACACUUAGUGGCGAUGAAGGAGGUCCAUCCCGGUACGCAAAGGGGUCAAACGCUCUCUUGCGCCUCUAUUAAGGAUUUAGCGGCGUUCAGAGUGCCGUUAGUACAGCAAUCAUGGUGUAUACUGGAAUUCGCGUGUCGGGAAGUGCACGAAAAUAGCGGCGAUUGGGUUAUAUACUUUACGGAUUAUACGGAGCUCUGUACUUUCAAAGAGAUUCUGGAAACUUUAUGGGCGGAUGCGAACUUGGGCGAAUUUCCUAUGGCGACACUUCCACCAGAGGAUAAGCUGCAACGACGUUGUUCAGACGCCAGUAGAGAUUUGGAGCAUGCCUGGCGGUACUUGUUACCACCAGCUUUAGAGUAAACGAGAAAGAUGUACCAGUAGAGACAAUAUAUAACACCGUCAUUUAAGAAAUUAUUUUAUCAUAUUGCCAUUAUAAAUGGCGACAAAAGUGAAUAUUCAGGUUACCCAUAUCCGGAACCCAGAUCGGAACACUGAUGUGUCGCAUGCCGAAGUUAUACCGCUUAUGCAACGUAUUCCGAAUUUCUUUUGCUUCUAUUUCGAAUUAGGUGCCAUAUAUCUGUCACAUGGGACUAGAAACAGUAUAUUAUCUCGUGGCUUAUAAGUAGAACAACAGAUAUCUUUAUUCAGAUAUACGGCACCUGACCUCUGGCAUGAUAGAGAGUAAUUUUUUUCUAAUUUCAAGGUACAAAUAUAUGCGCAGCAUUCUCGCUACAUUGCGAUGUUGAUGAGAGAUCGAUCAUUAAAGAUCUUGCAUAAGAUAUAAGUUACCCUAAACAUAUAGAUGACUAUUUAAGAGAGUCAUGAAGUGGUGCAACAUCUUUCCUGUAGCAUAAGCCACCAUAAUAAGCUAUUAAUUUAUAUUAAUGCAAAGAAUGUAAUAUAACGGAUAAUGAGGCAACACUAUUGAUUACUAUAUAAAUGUCUAUAUACUCACAUAUACUGAGAAGACGAACCAGUAUGCAUUUGAAUACGCACUAUUGAUAUUAAAGUAGUUAUUUAUCGUCGAAGAUGAUACUAUAUAAGAUUCAGAAACACUUAGAGCAGCUUCGACAUGAAGAACAAUACUUAAAAUCGCUUGUGAAAUUACUAUAUGAUUUAAUACAUUCCCAAUCGAUCGUUAUGAUUCAAUCGAUUUUUUCAGUAUCGUGAUUUUCUACGUGAAUCUUAAUGAUGUACAUUAUACAUCUCAGGAUUAUAAAAUUUUAACUCUACACGAAUCCGACUUCAUUUUUUAGUGUACAGAUAUGGAGGCGCGAGGUAGAGAUACAUAGUUGUAUUAUACGUAUUAUAUAAAGUAAUUUUGUUUAAUACACGUAAUUUUUAAUUAAAGCUCAAACAGCUUGAAUCGCUUUUAUUUGUAUUAUUGUAUUAAAAUCAUUUAAUAUUUAAUGCUUUGCGAAACAAAGAGUAGCGAAUUUUACUUACAGAAAUUAUAUUGAGAUCAUUGUAAUAAUUUAUGCUCUAAAGCAAAAUUGAAAGUUAAUUGUGAAUUUUAGGUACGCAGCUCGUUAAAUGGUAUGAAAUUAUAAUAUGAAGAAAAUUGUA